ACAGUCAGGGCAGACUAACAGGCGUGAAGGUGAGCCCUAAGGGCAGCCAGUUACUGUAGACAGGUAAACAGUCAUACAGGUAACCAAGCAGUGUUUCGUAGGCAGGCAGUGUCGGGUAACUCUUUCUGCCUGCUGUAGUGUAUUAGCUGGAGAAACACAGGCAGAAGCAGUAGAAGCAUAGAAAAGAAACUAUUAGAGCAGCCUAUAUCCUUUGUGGCCCCCUCUUUGAGGCAUACACACAGACUGAGGCAACUACUGGGGCGCCAUCUCAGCUAUGCAAGGCCAUUUGAAACGCCAGCUCCACUCCAGCACAUUAGCCGUGGCCCGUGAAAUGGCAUACAGGAAGGUGUGUGACGCCCAGGGUGGGCCAAUGGUCAGGGAGGUUCUGCACUGCUCUGGAGGUAUGGAUCUUGAUUGGGACCUGGAAAAGGAGGAGCUACAGGAACCAGGACCAAGCAUGGACCGCAUGCAGACGCAACACAUGGAUUGCCAGAGAUCAGACCCUGUCCCUGACCCUGACCCUGAGUUGAUAGAACCCAUCCAGCCGUCUGUCUCAGUUUCACCACAUGGACGAUUUGAACGUCUCCAAGAAGAUCCCAACUACAUCUCCCACUUCACCAGGGCUCCGGGCCAUAAAGGCCAACGACGGCUCCACUGCUUCCUGCUCAGGUACUCCCUGGCAGGGGUGGGGCUUUUUGUCCUGGGUCUCCUGAUUGGCUGGUUCACUCACACACCUAUAGUGAAACCACCUGUUCCUCCAUCUGACAGCUCAGACCUGCUGGAGGAGCUGCUGAGGGGAAUCACAGCCGAAAAGAUAGACGCUCUUCAUAGGUCUUUCUCAAGCCUAUCAGAUGACAGCGAAGAGGCCAGAGCCAGGUACCUCUACAGGCAGUGGGUGGGACUUGGUUUGACUGAUGUUCAUCUCACCAAUCACACAGUUCUGCUCAGCCUGCCUGGUUCCACACCCAACACCAUCACGGACAGGUCUAGUCACCAGUGUUUCCUGCCAAACGGGAUCCCCUGUGACCAGCGUGGACCAAAUGACCUGCCGAAGCACCAGUUCCCCCACGCAGCCUACUCCGCCGUUGGAAGUUUGCAGGGGGAGGUGGUGGACGUCCAGUAUGCCAGCGUGGACGACCUCCGGAGAGCCAAAGACCGCCUGAACCUCACCAACCAGAUUGCUGUGGUUAAGCUUGGCCAAGCACCUUUGCUCUACAAGCUAUCCCUACUGUCUGAGCUGGGUUUUGGAGGUGUUCUGCUUUACAUUGACCCAUGUGACGCUCCCCCUGACCGCCACACCUGGCAUCAAGCCUUCAGAGUAACGCUCAACUCCGGAGGAAACCCUGCCAGUGUUGAGGUGCCAAGAGAGGCUGGAGGUAGUCUGACAUCUCUGUUGGUUCAGCCCAUCUCUGACUUCCUGGCAAAGACAUUGCUGUCCUCUCCAUCCACAGGGCAGGGAGACGCCUGCAUUCCUCUAGCCAUGCCUCCCAACAAAGAACGAAAGAAGAUUACUCUGACUGUUGGAAACCAGCUGUCUUACAAUAAGAUCUACAAUGUUGUGGGGUACCUAAAAGGAAGAAGAAACCCAGAUCGCUAUGUGCUGGUUGGCAGUCGUCAUGACAGCGACCAGGGAGGCGGGGCUUCAGCCAUCAUGAAUCAGCUCAUCGCGGCACUGACAGAGCAGACCAAACGAGGAUGGAUUCCAGACCGUACCACUGUGUUUUGCUCAUGGGGCGGCUCAGCCCUGGGGAACAUCGGGUCCUAUGAGUGGGGAAAGGAUAACAGUGUUGUCCUGCAGAGUAGUGCAGUGGCCUAUGUCAGUCUGAACUCUCCAGUUAGAGGGACCGAGACACUACGAGCUACAGCUUCUCCAACCCUGCUGCAACUCACUUCAGACAUACAGAGGAGACAGUUGCUGAGUUGCAUUCGUGGUGGGAACUGCCCGGGACCCAACGUCAGCUCGCUGCAGUUGCCUGGAGAUGUGAAUUUCUUCGCCAACCAACUGGCUGUGCCCACCAUGGAGUUUGCCUUUGAGCAGACCAAAGCGGAAGAGAUCACCAGUUUUCUGUCCGAAGCCCAAUUUUCUGCCGAGUCACCAGAGAACCUGGAUCCGCUUUUCAAGUUCCAUGAGACCAUUGCAAAGAUGACAGCAGAAGCCAUUCUCCGCCUGGUCAAUGAUCCUGUGCUGCCAUUCUACCCUCUGGACAUUGCCCUGGAUGUCCAAAACAAACUCAAAGAUAGGAGUGUGGUAUCUCAGUCCAUGCUGUCUUCAGCCUCCUCUCUGAGAGACCACGCAGCUUUCUUCCAGUCAGAAACAAUGCGCCCGGCAAAUGACCCCAAAGAGCGCGAACCCUCCCACUUGCGGAUGCUAAAUGAUGUACUCCGGGACCUGGAGAAGAGCUUCCUCAUCCCACAGACACCGCCUGGAGUGUACAGGAACCUGUUAUACAGCCUUCCAGGGAAGACUCCUCAGUUUUCCAUUCUCAGGUUCUCAAAGGAAGCUGUACUGCAUUGCAACGUCUCCAGCAAAGCAGUCAAACACAACUCUGCAUACAAGGAAGUGCUUUGCCACAGCACCCUGAACCAGUCUCUGUCUCUCAUCCUCAGGGCCAUCCGCUCGGCGGAGAGGCUGGUGUGUUUUGGCUUGGACUUGUUUGAAAAUUACCCAAAUGACACAAUAUGAUCUGGGCUGACACGGACCCGUCAGUCAGCUUGGAUGCACUAGUCAACAUUGCUUAUAUUAAAAGACAAUUGAGCCUCUUCCAAAACAUAAUCGUACUAAUUUUACAUCGUUAAGAAUCAGAGAAAACCCAAACACUCAAUGAGUUUUGAGAGGGCUCAACAGAAAACAGAUUUAAAGUCCCACCCCAUAGUGUCAUCCAUUUACUCCCAUCAUUCCACACUUUUUCAAUAACCAAUAUUGAACCAAUGAAUACAAUAUGAAUGUAUUGAAACUAACGUGUUGCACACUAGCUCUUAGAUAUGCAAAUAAUAUUGACACAAUGGGGUCCUUUAAGUUGCACUAUACUCUCUAUCAAUGAAAGCAGACCAGCAAUAAAAGCCAUAUGAUUAUGAUUGGUUUUAGUUUUUUUAAUGAUUUGUCAAUCACCUGACACUAGCUCUGCUGUCGAGAAAACUGUAGCCAAACAGAUCCCAGAACAGGAGGCUUUUAAGAAAACGUAACCACCAAUUCAGAAUUAAAAUUUGUAAUACUAAGGAAAAUGAAAAA